GUUGGAUGAUUGAUGCAGAGAGUCGUCCUAAAUUCAGAGAGUUAAUAGCAGAAUUCUCCAAAAUGGCUCGGGAUCCACAACGCUAUCUUGUCAUACAGGGAGAUGAAAGAAUGCACCUGCCCAGCCCAACAGAUUCCAAAUUUUACCGCAGUCUAAUGGAAGAAGAAGACAUGGAGGAUAUUGUGGAUGCAGAUGAAUAUCUAAUUCCUCAUCAAGGAUUUUUCAGCAGCCCAUCAAACUCACGAACACCCCUCUUAAGCUCAUUGAGUGCUACAAGCAAUAAUUCUGCAGUAACAUGCAUAGAUAGGAAUGGGCAGGAACAUCCAGUGAGAGAAGACAGCUUUGUCCAGAGAUAUAGUUCAGAUCCAACAGGAGUUUUCCUCGAUGACAGUCUGGAUGAUGGCUUUCUGCCUGCUCCAGAAUAUGUAAACCAGCAAGUGACCCCAAAAGAAGCAAGUGCAUCUGCUUCUAUGGUACAAAAUCCAGUCUACAGCAUUUUCUCCCUUCCCAUUGAUCCAAAGCCUAUGAAUGAUUCAAAUCAUCAAAAGCUGCAUAACACAGCACUGGAUAACCCAGAAUAUCUCAACACAAGUUUCUCGCCUUUGGCUAACACAGUUUUUGAUAGCUCCUCCUACUGGGACCAGACAACCAACCACCAAAUCAAUCUGGACAAUCCAGACUACCAGCAAGACUUUUUGCCCAGAGACAACAAGCCUAAUGGCAUUGUUAAACUUCCUCCAGCUGAGAAUCCAGAAUACCUAAGGGUAGCAAUGCCAAAAAAUGAAUACAUUGAAGCCUCAGCAUGACUCUGAUAGAGGCUUUGAAUUGUCUCAGCAAUGUAGGAAAGAAACACAGAUGAAAGAAUUGUUUGCUGUAUAUGGUUAGGUUAAAAAUCAUUAUUACAUUUUGUAGUACACUUUUAUCUUCCAAGUGUCUGUACUGUUUCAGCAAGUUUGCCUAGAAUUUCAUUUAUUUCAGUGUUUACAAAAGAUGCAACAAAGAACCAAGAAUUAUCAACCAGCAAGCAAUGUUUUUUCUUAAGCUAUAUAUACAAGUACAGCAUUUUUCUGAAUAUUAACUGCUGUAUUAAGCAUCCACCAUAAGUCCUUUUGAUACCAUAUCUUUUAUAGGUCAUUUGUGGUGGUACUUUUAAAAAGCCUUUAUGAUGGCAAAUGACAAGUUUAUGCCAUGUAGAUCAUAGUGAGAGGAGCACAGAGUAAGUGGAAGGACUUAGACUCAAAUCAUUUUGCCAGUCUCCUUAACAGAGUUACCAGCAGUUUGAUUUAAAGAGAAGCUUGUUCCUAUCCUUCAGUCCAGCUAGUUGAACACCAUCUUAUUUGCUAUUUUAUUUGCAAUGAAAAUAGUUCUUUUUAAAAUGUGAGAAUUCUGUUCAAUAUAACCUUUGAUUACAUUGGGAGAAAGAAUGCCUAGUUCUUCAUACAGCACACACUGCCACUACUAUUGCUGGGAAAUUCUGCAGGUUUCAAUUCAGGAAUGUUGAUAAAAUUCAAAAAGUUAGACAUUCAGGAAUGAUCAUCAGGUACUCUGUCACAUGUCUCUGUAAUGCUCAUUGUAGAUAUGAGUAGCAUUGUUGUCUGUUGUGGUUUUGUGUUUGUAUCUUAGUUUUAUGAUUUUAAAAAUAUGAAAAAUGAACUUAAACAUCUGCAAAUGGAAAACAUUGAUUCUUGUUUUGCACAUACAAACAUUCCACUUCACUGCCUUGCUACAUUUAAACACAGUAUGUAUAUAAAGUGGUGAAGAAAUGCCAUUCGGCUAAAAUCAAAUUAUUACAUACAUAACUGCAUGCACUAAGGAUGGAUGUUGGGGAAAUCUAUUACAAAAACUGAAAAAAAAUCUAUGCGGUGACUCAAUACCCAUUUAUCAUGAUUUUAUGCAGAAAUUAUUGGUAGAGAAAAAAUAUUAACCUUGGAGAUAAUUGCAUUGAGAGAAAAUAUUUCUGUACCAAAAUUCAGCAUUAUAUGAUAAAUAAAACCAGUUAAUUUGCAGGAGUCAUAUGAAGCAUAAUUCAACAGCUGCAUUUAAAUAGGUAAAUUAACUUAUUCUCCCAAAAUAUACCAUCAAUGUAGGAUGGUUUUCAGACCAAUCAUUAUAUAUUAAACUGAUGUUUUAAUACAAUGCUUGAACCUAUUUUUACUCAGAACUAAAUCUGACUGAAUUCAAUACAGUUGUCUCUGUAAUAGUAUAUAGGAUUGCAGUCUAGUAGUGUAAUACAGUAUAGGUCUAAUUUUAAAAUAAGAUCUAUUAAAAUUGGUAGGAUUUAUUUUUGUACUAAUAUUCAUAAUAUCGUAGCUUGACUAAGCCUGGCUCCAUUGAUUCUCCUGGUCUCUUAUCUCCUGGGAGAGGGUAGCAGUGCUGUCUAAUACUGUUAUCCCUCUUAUUUUGAGUUUAUGACUGCGCUAUAAAGCCACUAUACAUCAAUUUCCAUAUUGUUCAAAUAACAGUGAAUGUAAUAAUUAGAAUCACUGCCUUAAUUACAAAUGAAAAAUCAUUGAGCAAUAAUUAUUCCUCUUUUUAAGGAUACUAUAAAUUCUGCUAGUAAAGUACAUGUAGAAAAUAGCCCUGGGUAUAAUUCAUUAUUUUGGAUUAUGGCAUUUCAUAUCCCAGGAAAUAUAAGGUAAAAAUAAUCACACAGUGGGGGGGGGGAAUCACACACAUGAAUGUAUCAUCAAAAAGUUGGUGCUGUUCUAAAUAGUUCACUAUGAAGCACCAAUCAUCAUGAAUAUCUAUUCUUUACAAUGUUGAUUUGGCUCUGGGUAAUGGAAACGAAAGACUAUAGAAACAAUACAUUUAUCUGGAAACUCUGAAUUGGAGAAAACAAAUCCAGUAUCUUACUGUGAAAGUAUUUCAAAUAUUUUACAUAUUAAUUGCAUAGAAGAGAUAAGACUUAAGGAUGCCUGCAUAUAUGCUGAUGGUGGAUGCUAUCUGUUUGUGUCAAAUUUUCAAUUAUAUGAACCAUAUCUCUCCACAUUGUAUAACAUAUAUUACUUGUAUUAUGAUCUGGCAGUUUUGGCUUUGAUUAUGUCUAGCAAUCAUGUUUUUAUGGUAGCCUCAUUUCCUUUUACUAAUGAUUCUGAACUUAAUUGCAUUUUCCAGUGAAUUUGGCCAAAAUAUAUAAAGCAAAUGA